AUGUGGAGGAGCUGCCUUCGGCUGCGGGAUGGGGGGCGUCGCCUCCUGAACCGGCCCCGAAGUGGCCUCACCGCCUCCGAGGGGUUGGAGCCAAAACCCCCUACCCCCAUCCGGGCCUACGUGCCUCCGGCAGAAAGGAAGAGGUUCUAUCAGAAUGUCAACAUCUCACAGGGUGAAGGUGGCUUCGAGAUCAACCUGGACCACAGGAAGCUGAGGACGCCCCAAGGCAAGCUCUUCACUCUCCCCAGCGAGGCCCUGGCCAUUGCCGUGGCCACCGAGUGGGACUCCCAGCAGGACACCAUCAAGAUGUACACCAUGCACCUGACCACACUGUGCAACACGUCUCUGGACAACCCCACCCAGCGGGACAAGGACCAGCUCAUCCGGGCGGCCGUGAAGUUCCUGGACACCGACACCGUCUGCUACAGGGUGGAAGAACCAGAGACGCUGGUGGAGCUGCAGAGGAAUGAGUGGGACCCAGUCAUCAGCUGGGCCGAGAGGAGAUACGGUGUGGAGAUCGGCUCUUCAUCCAGCAUCACGGGGCCCAGCAUCCCCGCCCGGACUCAGGAGGUGCUGGUCAGCCACCUGGCCUCUUACAACAUGUGGGCUCUGCAGGGGAUUGAGUUUGUGGUGACCCAGCUCAAGUCCCUGGUGCUGACCUUGGGCCUGACGGACCUGCACCUGACGGUGGAGCAGGCUGUACUGCUGUCGCGCCUGGAGGAGGAGUACCAGAUCCAGAAGUGGGGCAACAUCGAGUGGGCCCAUGACUACGAGCUGCAGGAGCUGCGGGCGCGCACGGCCGCCGGCACCCUCUUCGUGCACCUCUGCUCCGAGAGCACAGCCGUCAAGCACAAGCUGCUGCAGGGGUGA